AAAUCUUGUUAUGAAGGCCGAGACCACUCAUAGUCGUUGAAUAACAAGGUCUGCGGCUGGAAAGCAAGGCUUGCGGCGCUAGUGUACAACCAGCCUCCCCCAGCCUCUCGUUCAUCCUGCCAUCAACAAACGACCGUUAAUUUCCCCGCCACGAAGAUGGAUCUCAUAUACUCGGCUCCACUGUGCACGAACUCUUUCCUGCGUUCGUACCGGCCAAAGAUCAACGGUUUUCGACUCGUAUUCUGCAAGUCCAUCACCUGAACCCGAGACGCUUCACCAACUCUAUUGAGCAUUCCGACAUGGUUUUCAGCACGCAAGCCUUCGCGCUGGCGACACUCGCCUCCACUCUUGUCAGUGCGUUGCCCCUCGACACAAGCCAAGCACGCAAUAUUGUGCCUCGUGCAAAGAGCUACAGCGUUGUAAAUGUCGGUGGUGGUGCAUCCACAGAGGCCCCCGCGGCCGCGACCACAACAGCCGACGCGACCACAAAGACUGUUGAUGGACCAACUGUCACUGCGAAGGUCACAACUACCAUUGUCGGGCCUGUCCCUGCGCCGGUAGCAACCAGCACAAGCAGUUCAACAUCCUCGCGCACACCAAGCCGAAGCCCGACAAGCAAAGCAACGACGACUUCUCCUCCAACGACAGCGACAGCGACACCAACGCCUGUCUUUGUUACCGUCACCGUCACCGAUGAUGCUGGACCCACGGAGUACUACGACAACGGCAUGUGGCACACAUGGUACCGGAUCAAGACGUUUGAGGCUAUCGCAGCUCCAACGUUACUGAAUGAGUGAGGGGAUGCGCUUUCUUCUUCUUUGUCACGCUUGACAGAUGGCGUGUCGAGGUGGCUGCCUUUUGUGUUGAUAACUUGAGACGGUACGGGGACACGAUGUACAUGAUGCAUGAGCAAUGGAGAAUGCACGUAAUGAAGACGGCUAUGGUGCGGCAUUGGGACGGCGUUAUAGACUGCGGCGUUAUAGACUGCGGCGACAUGGACUGCGGCGACAACGCCACGCGCGUUGCAAGUAGACGUUGUAUGAAUGGAAUAUCUAGGUUGAUGGUGACG